AUGAUCCGCUUCAUCCUCGUCCAGAACCGGCAGGGCAAGACGCGGCUGUCGAAAUGGUAUGUGCCGUAUGACGACGACGAGAAGGUGCGCUUCGACCACACGGUCAGCGACAGGCGCGGACUAAUGCAGGGCGGGAAUGGGUGUGCAGAAGUACCAGAGCAACUUUGUCGAGGUGCGUGGCUUGCCUUCCUUCCUGCCACUUCCCCACUCUGCUCCGUCCCUCCGCUUGUCUUUCCCGUCUAUCCCUCGCCCGCCUCUGCCCAUGGCUCAUGUCUCACCGCCCGUCAGUUCCGGAACUACAAAAUCGUGUACCGGCGGUACGCGGGGCUCUUCUUCUGCGUCUGCGUCGACGCGAACGACAACGAGCUCGCGCACCUCGAGGCGAUCCACUUCUUCGUCGAGGUCCUCGGCCCGGCGACAGACACGUUCUUCGAUAACGUGUGCGAGCUGGAUCUCGUGUUCAACUUCUACAAGGUGUAUGCGAUACUGGACGAGGUAUUCCUCGCGGGGGAGAUCGAGGAGACGAGCAAGGACGUCGUGUUGGCGCGGCUGGAGGCGCUGGAGAAGCUCGAGUAG